GAGACCAAAGUCAGUCGAGACCAAGACAAGACCAAGACAAAAGUCCGUCGAGACCAAGACCACGUAAAAGUGGUCUCGAGACCGGUGAGACAUCCAACUCUACUUUAGAGUCAGUUUAACUCUGGAAUUUCAACUCUUGUGAAAGAGUAAAUUUAACACCAAAACCGAAUGGCCCCAAAUACACUCGGCCACAGUGUCAAAUUUAACUGUAAGUGCUGAUUUAACACAGCCAUAUUUACUGUGCAGCUGUGAGAGGUGCGUUUGGCAGUUGCUAGGCAACAGCUUUGUGCCCCCCUCCCCUCCCGUCAUGUUGGGCGGGGCUAACGCCAAACUUCAAAGGAAUGAAACGUCACAAAAGCGUUAGUCCUUAUAUAGAGUCAAGUCUCGCCAUAUAUAUACUAGAUCUCCUCCUAUGUUCAGUUGAAACGCAUUUAUGCAUCAGGACAUUAGAAGUUCUUCUAAACGUUCAAACAGGAACUUUAACACAAAAUAACAUUUUAGACAUAAAAUUAACUUUCAAAAACAAAAAAGUGAAAUGGCGAGCCCAAACUGUAACACAAUGAUAAAUAAUAACACAGCUCUGAGUAAUCCAGAUGAUUCCACAGUACAGGCUCUGAUUUCCUUCUUGGAUAGCUUGUUCAGUAAAAUUACAUCAGAGCAGUGGGACAAGCUUUUAUUAGGCUAUCCAGAUAGCUUUACUGCAGAGCUGCUUUUAGGUUUUGUACAGGACACAUUGCAGCUGUGUGAAGUGUCACAAGGAGUACCACUCAGGUCUUCCCAGAAUUACCCCAUGCAUGAAGACUCGUCUGUCCACACCACCACUAGCAAAACUGUGAUAAAUAAUAACACAGCUCUGAGUAAUCCGGAUGAUUCCACAGUACAGGCUCUGAAUUCCCUCUUGAAUACCUUGUUCAGUAAAAUUACAUCAGAGCAGUGGGACAAGCUUUUAUUAGCCUAUCCAGAUAGCUUUACUGCAGAGCUGCUUUUAGGUUUUGUACAGGACACAUUGCAGCUGUGUGAAGUGUCACAAGGAGUACCACUCAGGUCUUCCCAGAAUUACCCCAUGCAUGAAGACUCGUCUGUCCACACCACCACUAGCAAAACUGUGAUAAAUAAUAACACAGCUCUGAGUAAUCCGGAUGAUUCCACAGUACAGGCUCUGAAUUCCCUCUUGAAUACCUUGUUCAGUAAAAUUACAUCAGAGCAGUGGGACAAGCUUUUAUUAGCCUAUCCAGAUAGCUUUACUGUAGAGCUGCUUUUAGGUUUUGUACAGGACACAUUGCAGCUGUGUGAGGUGUCACAAGGAGUACCACUCAGGUCUUCCCAGAAUUACCCCAUGCAUGAAGACUCGUCUGUCCACACCACCACUAGCAAAACUGUGAUAAAUAAUAACACAGCUCUGAGCAAUCUGGAUGAUUCCACAGUACAGGCUCUGAAUUCCCUCUUGAAUAACUUAAACAUUACAUCAGAGCAGUGGGACGGGCUUUCAUUAGGCUAUCCAGAUAGCUUUACUACAGAGCUGCUUUUAGGUUUUGUAUACGACACAUUGCAGCUGUGUGAAGUGUCACAAGGAGUACCACUCAGGUCUUCCCAGAAUUACCCCGUGCAUGAAGACUCGUCUGUCCACACCACCACUAGCAAAACUGUGAUAAAUAAUAACACAGCUCUGAGCAAUCCGGCUAAUUCCACAGUACAGGUUCUGAAGUCCCGCUUGGAUAACUUAAUCAUUAAAAUUACAUCAGAGCAGUGGGACAGGCUUUCAUUAGGCUAUUCAGAUAACUUCACGGCAGAGCUGCUUUUAGGUUUUGUACAGGACACAUUGCAGCUGUGCGAUCAGUCAGCUAACACAGAAGAAAGCUGUCAAAAUGCUGACCAACACAGUGCUGCAAAUGCAGAAAUCAAUCCAAUCUCAGAUCCCCAGCAACAGAAAUCCUGUGUUGAACAUGAAGCCAGCAUCCCAUCGUUAACAGACAUAAAUCCGCCGGUGUCGUGUGAAAAGACAGAGAAACACAGAUCUUCUGUAGCCUGUGAGCCACCCAAAAACAACCCAGACUUUGAAAAAUGGCUGAGCAGACUAAUUCAGGCUGUGCUUUCAAAGCUUGGCAAACUUUCAGAGUUCCCACCUUCUCAUUCUCUCCAGAAACAUUUGUUGGCUCGAAUCUUGACUGAAAUCCAGGACAUGCAUUUGCAUUUAGGCCCAGAAGUGAAAAUAUAUUUUGACAGCAUCGCCAACGCCAUUUUCACUGAUAUUUCAGAGAAAUUAAUUGUCACUGGGGAUGAGGAUUUAAUGGAUUUAAUGGAGUUAGGCGAUCUAAUACUUAAUAGUGUAUCUACUUCAGUAUUCCAAGAACACCUGUUGGCAGUAACAGAUAUCGAUCGACUGGAAUUAUAUCAAAAGAAAGAAACACGCAGAUUUUCAGUGGAAAACUGUGUGGAAGAACUGCUUUUGGAGGUUGUAAAACAUGCAGGCGUAGUCAUCAGUACGAAACGUUCUGAAGCCAUCUCCACCCGGCUUACUGUGAAAGUCUGGGCUGAACUCAGGGCCGAAUACGACAAAAUCCCCCUUGAGAAAUUAAGGAAACUCAGCAAGGAGAUUUUUAAAUCCCUCUGUAAAACAUGGCCACAUGCAGUGGCUAUCCUGACAUCCUUGAAUUUAAAACACCGACAACUUGAUGAAGAUAUUAUUGAAACUUUCAAAAGAAAGCUAUCCAAGGAGCCAAUUUGCAAAUCUCGGUGUUUCUUAUCUGUGCGUGCAGUUUUUGGGGAUCGUAUGGAAACAAAGAAAUCCUGUGUUGAACAUGAAGCCAGCAUCCCGUCGUUAACAGACAUAAGUCAACCGGUGUCGUGUGAAAAGACAGAGAAACACAGAUCUUCUGUAGCCUGUGAGCCACCCAAAAGCAACCCAGACUUUGAAAAAUGGCUGAGCAGACUAAUUCAGGCUGUGCUUUCAAAGCUUGGCAAACUUUCAGAGUUCCCACCUUCUCAUUCUCUCCAGAAACAUUUGAUGGCUCAAAUCUUGACUGAAAUCCAGGAGAUGCAUUUGCAUUUAGGCCCAGAAGUGAAAAUAUAUUUUGACAGCAUCGCCAACGCCAUUUUCACUGAUAUUUCAGAGAAAUUAAUUGUCACUGGGGAUGAGUAUUUAAUGGAUUUAAUGGAGUUAGACGAUCUAAUACUUAAUAGUGUAACUACUUCAGUAUUCCAAGAACACCUGUUGGCAGUAACAGAUAUCGAUCGACUGGAAUUAUAUCAAAAGAAAGAAACACGCAGAUUUUCUGUGGAAAACUGUGUGGAAGAACUGCUUUUGGAGGUUGUAAAACAUGCAGGCGUAGUCAUCAGUACGAAAAGUUCUGAAGCCAUCUCCACCCGGCUUACUGUGAAAGUCUGGGCUGAACUCAGGGCCGAAUACGACAAAAUCCCCCUUGAGAAAUUAAGGAAACUCAGCAAGGAGAUUUUUAAAUCCCUCUGUAAAACAUGGCCACAUGCAGUGGCUAUCCUGACAUCCUUGAAUUUAAAACACCGACAACUUGAUGAAGAUAUUAUUGAAACUUUCAAAAGAAAGCUAUCCAAGGAGCCAAUUUGCAAAUCUCGGUGUUUCUUAUCUGUGCGUGCAGUUUUUGGGGAUCGUAUGGAAACAAAGAAAUCCUGUGUUGAACAUGAAGCCAGCAUCCCGUCGUUAACAGACAUAAAUCCGCCGGUGUCGUGUGAAAAGACAGAGAAACACAGAUCUUCUGUAGCCUGUGAGCCACCCAAAAGCAACCCAGACUUUGAAAAAUGGCUGAGCAGACUAAUUCAGGCUGUGCUUUCAAAGCUUGGCAAACUUUCAGAGUUCCCACCUUCUCAUUCUCUCCAGAAACAUUUGUCGGCUCGAAUCUUGACUGAAAUCCAGGACAUGCAUUUGCAUUUAGGCCCAGAAGUGCAAAAAUAUUUUGACAGCAUCGCCAACGCCAUUUUCACUGAUAUUUCAGAGAAAUUAAUUGUCACUCUGGAUGAGCAUUCAAUGGAUUUAAUGGAGUUAGGCGAUCUAAUACUUAAUAGUGUAACUACUUCAGUAUUCCAAGAACACCUGUUGGCAGUAACAGAUAUCGAUCGACUGGAAUUAUAUCAAAAGAAAGAAACAUGCAGAUUUUCAGUGGAAAACUGCGUGGAAGAACUGCUUUUGGAGGUUGUAAAACAUGCAGGCGUAGUCAUCAGUACGAAACGUUCUGAAGCCAUCUCCACCCGGCUUACUGUGAAAGUCUGGGCUGAACUCAGGGCCGAAUACGACAAAAUCCCCCUUAAGAAAUUUAAGAAACUCAGCAAGCGGAUUUUCAAAUCGCUCUGCAAAAAAUGGACAAGUGCAGCAGUUAUCCUGACAUCCUUGAAUUUAAACCACCCAAAACGUGAUGACGAUAUCGUUGAAACUUUCAAAAGAAAGGUAUCCAAGGAGCCAAGUUACAUAUCUCGGUUUUUCUCAUCUGUGCGUGUAUAUUUUGGGAGGUUUAUGGGAAGAAACAAAGUUUCCCCCGUGUAGUGACAUCGUGAUAUCAACUGCAAAAUAUUUGAGAAAACUCACUGGAGACUUUAAAUUAGCUAGUUUUACAUUUACAUCAGGUCAAGUCAUUUCUGAAAUUCCCAGGACUGGUCGCGGCAGAUGGCCACCCCGCCCUGAGCCUGGUUCUGCCGGAGGUCUCUUCCUGUUAAAAGGGAGUUUUUCCUCCCCACUGUCGCCAAGUGCUUGCUCAGAGGGGUUUGUCUGUUGGGGUUUCUUUUUAAUAAAGUUGUUACCUUACAAUGUGAAGCGCCUUGAAAACACCAUUGUUUGGUGCUAUACACAUUGAAGUGACUUGAACUGAGAACAUAGCUAAUCUGGAAAUUCAAUUUAAC